GCGAUUGAAGGCAGUGGACGAGUGAGUGAAGAAGAAAAAGAAGAAGAAACAGUGAAUUGGAAUUGGAUUGUGAAGAGAUGAGGAAACUAAGAUGGAUAAUGGAUGGAGGAGGGUUUUGGGAUUUGGACGUUUCAACUCCAAAAACUCUUGAUGGGUUAGCAUGUCCCGUUCCUCAAGACCCUCUUCCUUUGUCUCUGUCACGAGGCACAAGGCUUUCAAGACACAAACAACUCCAUUUCAUGCACCGUUUCAUGCACGCCCCUCUCAUACCCUCCUUUUCCCAACCUCAUGGCCUCACUCUCCAUCAUGUUCUCUCCCUACCCUUUUCUCAAAACUGGUAUGUGUCUUUGCUGGGUCAGUUCAAUUUGCAGAGAUUUGUUUCCUCUGUUAAGAGCAGUGAGGAGAAGCCGGAGCGGCUUUCUUCUUGGUUUAAAACCAUUGGGAGACACCUACGGCAGAAAUCCUUGUAUGCCCUGAGCUUCUGUUCGGAGAUCCAACGUACGCCCGAUGAAACUUUUCUUUUUGGCUUAGAUGCAUAUGGUGACAAUGCCGAUAAGCUUCGUGGGAAAGCAGUCCUCCAGCAUAAGUUUCCAAAUCAUGAUCUAACAGUGGAGGCUGUUUAUCCUGGUCUUUUUGCCGAUAAUACUGGUAAUUACUGGGACGUACCAUUUUCAAUGGCAAUUGAUCUUGCUUCUGUGACUACAAGUGAUUCUUCCACUGCUUAUCAUUUGUCUGCUCGCUACACUUCGGGGUCACCUGAGCUGUUUGGAAAUUUUCAAAAUCAAAGCGAUAGAGUACCACUUACUCUGCUUCCAGGCUUGGCCUUCAAAAGUGCCUUUUCUUACAAGAAGAAAAUUGAACUUUGGAGAAGUGAUGCUCCUAAGAUGAAAUCUGCACAACCAUAUGACAUGUUUCUUUCAAAUCCUAAUGUAUCUGCCUCAGGGAUUGUUGGUGCUGCUGCAACCACCGCCUUUGGGGAUAAUUCGGCAAGAGCACAAGUAGAUGGUAGACAAGGAUUUUUUCUCCAGGCUUCGGGAAUGAAGUCUUCCUUUCUAGCAGAUGUAUUUGCAUCCGCUUCAUUUACAGCCCAACUUGGAAACUUCCAAAAGCUUUUUCUAGAUCUUACACGAUUUCAGGCCCGGCUGGAUUUUCCUUCUGGUUUCAAAUUUCUUUCAGGUGCAACAAGUCUAACACAAGAUCUUCUCAAUUCUCAAAAGCCAAGCAUGGAAGCUCUUCAGGCAAUUUGCCCCAAUGCUACCUUAUCCCUUCAGCAGCAGAUUGUUGGUCCUGUCAGUUUUAGAGUUGAUUCAGGUUUUAUAAUUGAUCUGAAGAACCCUGAUUGGCCUAUAUAUGCACAGGAACCUGUAUUUGCAUUGGAAUAUGCAUUAAAAGUACUUGGUUCAGCUAAAGCAGUUGCUUGGUAUUGCCCCAAGCGCCAAGAGUUUAUGACAGAACUUCGCUUCUAUGAAACAUAAGCCAUACAUACCCCAAAUAGGCACCGUAGAAAUCUCUUCUGUUCCUUAAGUUG